AUGAAGCUGAAGUUGAAAAGAGAAGGAUACUCAAAAGUGGCAAUAUUUAUGACCGGCCUGAAUACUGCACAGUUAUCUUCAUCAGCUGCUAAUCCAAAAAGAGACGCAAAGGUUCAAAGAAAAACUAAUCUCUAUCGGCCUUCUCAAAAAAAUAUGACGAGCAUUCUUUGAAGGUUGUCUCGCAAUCAAGACAAAUGCACGAUAAAUGCAUUUGACAACAAUCAAUGAAGAGAUUUCGCUAAUUUCACGAUGAUUAAAUAUAAUUUAAUAAAAUAG